UAACUAUAAUCUUAUAAUUCUCGUUCCACGUGUUAAAACACCCCUUUAGAUCGAAGUUGGUCUAGGCAGACAAUCAGACUCGGCUUACACCGAAAAAACAGGGAAGGAAAGAAAAAGUGAUGGCCGGACGACACUCAGGCGGAAUCCGACCACAACGGCAAAGAAAUCAUCCGCCAUCACUACUCGGCCCACACGACCUAGAUAUGCAAGCCCUUCUUCUCGACCAAAAAGAAAUGGCUGCAGAUUACGCUAUUCUAAAACACGAAAUUGCUGCCGCCCAUCAAGAGCUCCGCAAACUCGAUGCAACUGUCCAUCAAGUUAAGGAAGAGAAAGAAUCUCGUGUUAAACAACUUUUUGAAAAAUCCCUUGAUUUAGAGCGUGAAAUUCGUGCUAUUGAUGCUCUUAAAUCUGAACAUGCUCAAGUUGUUUCUGAUAUUCAGAAUUUGACUGAGAGUAAAAUUCAACUUGCUGCUCAAUUUAAAGCUCUUGAUGCUGAAUUGUGUCGGGUUAAAGAAGAUGCUUCUCAACUUCCUCUUAUUCAGUCUGAUGUUGAGAAUUUUAAGCAAGAAAUUAAGAAAGGAAGAGCUGCGGUAAAAUUUGAAAGGAAAACGCGGUUAGAUAACCUUGAAUUAAGUCGUGUUUUGGAGGGUAAAAUUAAUUCAAUGCAACAAGAGAUUGAGAUGCUACGUGCUGAGCUUUCUAAUGCUGAGAAACGAGCAAGGGCAGCAGCGGCUGCUGCUUCAAAUCCAAAUCCUGGUCAAAUUGAAAACUAUGGAAGUCAUAGUAUGACGUAUGGAGGUCCCUAUUCGGUGCAAUAUUCUCUGAAUCAGGGACAGCUAACUCCUGAUGGUCCUUCCUCAGCUCUGUAUGGACGUCCACCAGGUAGUCAUGGUUCUCAUGACGUACAACAUCCUCAUCAGCCAUAAUCAUGAGUUUCCUUCUUAAUUUUGAAGGUUAAAUUCAAGUUUGGACUGUACAAAUCAUCUCGAACACAGAUUUUAGCUGAAAGUAGAAACAGGUCUUGGGUAUCGGCAUAAAGCAAAUGAAUAGCUAGUUGGCUUCUAAUGCGGAACUUUAGACACGAAACGAUGCCACAUUUUGGUUUACCUUGAGAGACAAGCUGCGAUUAGAGCUUACACGGUGGUAAUAUUCUGUUGGUGUGCAUCCUAUUCUGAGAAUUCCAGUUGAUAUCAAGGCAAAUCUGAUGUAUUUCUGUAAUUGUUUGUUGAUUAUGGAAGCACAUAUGACAUCUAAGGUUAUGACUGACUAAAACUAUUAAUACAUUACGUGGAGCUAGAAGACAUGGCUUUGUUCCAUAAGUACUUCAAAAUGCAGGCCAGCUUUGUAGACGUUGAGAUUUGGUGGUUGUAAUUCGAAAAAAAAACAUCAAGACUAUGAUUCGUAAAAUUCCGUAAUAAUUAUUUUGAUAUUGAACUUAAGCUAGAA